ACAUUCGCGGUAUACGGUACGAAGUUAAAGACUAAGUUACGUGUACUGUCGACCUAGGCUACCCUGCAGUCCGCUGACUCACCCAUAAUUUGCCAGAUGCAUUUAUUUUGGAACAGGAUUGGCGAUUUGAUGGUUCAGCUACAGAGAACCUUUGAGGGUUAGAGGACAGUGUACCAUCAUUUCUACAAAGAUUGGCCCAGCAGAUGAACAUAACCAUAUGAGGAUUAUGAAUUAUGGAAAUUGAAAGAUUCCCAUGGUAGACACUGGAUUGUGUAAUUCAUUGAUCCAUUUUAUCUACAUAUAUGUGCAAUGUCUUAUUGAGAACACCUGAAGAUGGCUGGAAGUCGACCAAUGCUUCUCAAAGUUGUCAUCCUUGGGGAUGGGGGUGUCGGUAAAAGUUCUCUCAUGAAUCGCUUUGUGAGUAACAAGUUUGAGCAGGAAUCCUUCCAUACCAUUGGGGUAGAGUUCUUGAACAAAGACAUCGUUGUGGAAGGAGAGACCUUCACUGUUCAGAUAUGGGACACAGCAGGACAGGAGCGUUUCAAGAGCCUGAGGACACCAUUCUACAGAGGUUCUGACUGCUGCAUGCUGACGUACGGCGUGGACGACAGACAAAGCUUUCACAACUUAACCAUGUGGAAGAAGGAGUUCUUGUACUAUGCGGACAUUGCUGACGGAGAAAACUUUCCAUUUGUUCUCCUCGGCAACAAAGUUGAUGUGGAGUCAGAAAAGCGACAGGUGGGUGUGGAUGAAGCAAAGCAGUGGUGUGCAGACAAUGGCGGUGUGCCUUAUUAUGAGACUAGCGCCAAGACGGCGGUCAAUGUAGAAGAAGCAUUCAUUGCAGCAGUUCGGAGGGUGGUUGAGCUUGAUCGCAAGAAUGAUGUCAGAGAUGAUGUCAAUCCUAUCAACUUGAAUCAGAAGCCUAGCAAUGCUCACAAGAGGUCAGAUUGUUGUUAAAGCUUAUGUUGAUGGUUUUCAAAAUAACCAUGUAUAAAUGUAAACAGAGUGUAUCAAGAUUUAUGCAUAUUGUUUGUUUCCCUAGUUCAAGAGUGUACAGUUAUGAUCUUUAGUUCUUUUGUAAUACAUUCUCUGGCAUGUUAUUUACAAGAAAUACAUUAUUCAAGAGUAUGAUGGCUAUGUGUCAAAUUAAACGUAGCUCUGAAUAUUUAAUCAACGAAACAUGACUAAUUCCAUGUACAUGUAUAUUUAUACCUGUGAUUUAUUUGGAGAUGUGCAAAGUAGCAGCAUUUCUUUUUUUAAAAGAAAAUCUCUGCCUGCUUGAAUAUUUUUGUCAUGUUACAUGAGUUUUAGAGUACAUGGUUGUGUUUUACUUAAAGGGGAAUGAAACCUUUGGAACAAGUAGGCUUGUGUCAAAACAGAAAAAUCAAAGGAUAAGAAUAAAGAACGUUUGAGAAAAAUCGGAAAAAUAAUGAGAAAGUUAUGAGCAUUUGAAAUAAUAUUGCAAUCACUAAUGCUAUGGAGAUCCUCCUAUUGGCAAUGCGACAAGGAUGUGUGAUGUCACUCACAUGUGAACAACUUUUCCUUUGAUGGACUACAGCAGCGCUUCUCAACCCUUUUUUCCUCAAGGCCCACUUUGACUCUCAAUUUUAUUUCGAGGCCCACCUACCAAAAUUUUAAGAAGGCGAUACGACUACUUGUCUCGACUCAAAGAUACGCGUAACUUUCAGUGGCCCCCAAAUAUUGUACAACCAGGACAACAUAACAACUUAACAAAAUGCUGAAUAUCUGCAACAUUCGACACACAUUGCUUUUGGUUUUGCAUCACUGCCAGUCAUGAUGAAUCCAAAUUUAAUGUAUUCAGUGAGACUUUUCAAUAGUAGAUUUAUUUCCUUCCUCGCCAUUUUAAAUCGCUUUAAGAAAGGUCAGUUUUGAUGAAAGUAUGUUUCUUGAAAUUUGGACGUAAAGCUGUGACAAAAGCACGUUCGAAACAAACAGUUCAAGAACUAAACUACAUUCGCAAAGGUCGGGUAAAUGGGCGACAAUUAACUACAUUCUCCACAAUACAUGGUGAGGUUCACGUCAAAGAUCGAAACCAUCACAUAAUUAAUGUGUAUGCAUAUUGCAACAUGCAUAUUCAGUUUUAUUCAAAAACAGGGUAGUUCUUUCAGAGUCCAAAGGCCUGCUUUACAAGAGCCCUGUUGACAUAGAAAGAUUUACAAAAUAAAUAAAAUACAAUUAAUAUAAAGUAACAACAAAAACAGUACAAUGCUAUCACAUUAAAUGAAUUUUGUUACCUAAGCAUGCUUUAGCUUUGUUUGACCCACGUAGACCGAUCAAAUAAGUCAUAAUUAUUCGGACUUUCGGACAGGUCCAGGUCUGUGAAAUAUACUAUAGUUUUUCCCAUAUUUUUUUCGUCCUCUGGAGCCUCUCGCGGCCCACCGUUUGAGAAGCGCUGGACUACAGUAUAAAAUACCCCCCAAAUGUCUCUUUUUGCUUUUUCUUAUGGUGAUACAAACUCUUUAUCCAUGAUGUACUCUUUAAAAAUCUGUAUUUCAUGCCCUCCUAUAGAAAGAACACAUGAUCUACCGAUAGAUAUGAUAAAAGAGGCAGUUUAAGUGAAAUAUAUAAUAAAGUAAUGGGGAGAGUUGUUCACAAGUGACAUCAGAUCACUAAUCUUUGUCGCAUUGCCAAUGUGAGGAUCUCCAUAGCACUAGUGAUCGCAAUAUUCAAAUGCCCAUAACUAUCUCAUUAUUUGUCUGAUUUUUCUCAAACUUUCGUUGAUCUGUUUGUUUGAUUUUUCUAUUUUCACACAAGCUAUCAUGUUCCAAAGGUUUCAUUCUCCUUUAAUUACCCCAUUCAAAGACUACCGGUACUUGAAUUUGAAUGGAUUUGAUUACAUGUAUAACCACGGCAAUACUGAUCUGUCUAUAAAGAUUACUUUAAACAAUCAAAUAAAAGAAAUUUAUUUGGCCUCAUAUGGCAUGCAUUUAUUUAAUGAGAAUAUAUAAGCAAGGAUAUAUAGUUACUUAAGAUCAUUCCUAAAGCUGGUAAAAAUAUACUGGAACAACUCAUACAUCUCUCAUUGUUUCCAUAUUUCCCUUUUAUUUGUCAUAAUAAGUCAGAUACAGUGAAUCUUGAAAUUGGCAAAAGAGUAGAUUUCCUUCUUCAGUCAUUCAAAAUUUACUGUGCAGCCAGUUUUGUAGCCUUUUAUGUCUACUUGUCACAGAUUUUUAAAGAUAUGGAAUGCAUAAAUAAUUUGAAUUUUUGUGAAAAAAUACUUUAAUGACAACUUCCGAAUGAAAUUAUUUGCUAUUAACUUAGAAUUUCAUAUCAGUUUUAUAAUCUUGAUAUGAAUAUAUGUACUUUACAGUUUUCACAUUUUUUUACUAAGACUUUGUAGAAGGAAUUACAUGUACUAUUGAGUGUUGAAUAAGGCCAAUUCCGUAUGGAGGGAAAAGAGACAAUUUUUUUUACUCGGAAUCUAAUUUUAAACUAAUAAAAAGAAAAGAAAAUGAAACAAAACAAUACAUACAUGAAUUUCUAUUAUAAUCUUAAGUUAAAAACAUUUCAUGCAUGAGUGGGUAAAAACUGGGUAUUAAGGCAAAAUGAUCAUUUUUUAAUGUCAAAUUGUCAUUUUCAGAAUUAAAAACUUUGUUUUUCUUUUGAACAUUCAAAUGGUGUGGUUGGUUAUCAACUGCCAUUUGAUUACUAUAAAGGGUAACUUAUAUAUAAAUUCCCUCUCACUCUCUGUUUCACCAUAAACUGAAACAAAUACACUUUCCAAUAUACAUAC